GAUGGAAAAAAAAGUGCCGACCGCCGGUGGUGACGUAAAAAUUCCGCGCGUUACCUCGAUGCGCACACCUUCCGCGGGAGUGAGCCCUGGCAAAUCGCAGUGAUGGUGCGUUGCAGUUGCGUGUGGUUCAGAAAGGUAAUAAUACCCAUAGCCUGUUCCUAUAUAUGUUUUCCUGGAGUGCACUCUUUUUAAGAGCUUUCUAAAAACUACUUUUCAUCAGGAAACGAAAAUAAUGUAAUUGGCUUGCCUUCUUGCAAGAAAUUUAGUAUGGAAACUUCAUUGAUAACCUAAGACUCUUCACCAGAGGAGGAAGUGGUGGAAUGGGUUACCCUCGCUUAGGUGGAGAAGGUGGAAAAGGUGGUGACGUCUGGGUUGUAGCCCAUAACAAAAUGACUUUGAAACAACUUAAAGACAAAUAUCCUCAGAAACGGUUUGUGGCUGGAGAAGGAGCAAAUAGUCGAGUUAGUGCACUGAAAGGGUCUAAAGGAAAAGACUGUGAAAUUCCUGUACCCGUGGGUAUUUCAGUAACUGAUGAAAAUGGUAAAAUUAUAGGAGAGCUCAAUAAAGAGAAAGACAGAAUUUUGGUAGCUGAAGGAGGUCUUGGCGGUAAAUUACUCACUAAUUUCUUACCACUGAAAGGCCAGAAACGAGUCAUUCACCUUGAUCUAAAACUUAUAGCUGAUAUAGGCCUAGUGGGAUUCCCAAAUGCUGGAAAAUCCUCUUUGCUAGGUCAGGUUUCUCAUGCAAAACCUGCAAUUGCAGAUUAUGCAUUUACAACAUUAAAGCCUCAACUUGGAAAGAUUAUGUAUAACGAUUUCAAACAGAUAUCAGUAGCUGAUCUUCCUGGUUUAAUAGAAGGAGCACAUACGAACAAAGGAAUGGGCCACAAAUUCCUCAAGCAUAUAGAAAGAACUAGACAACUACUGUUUGUUGUCGAUAUUUCUGGAUUUCAGCUUUCUUCCCAAACUCAAUACAGAACUGCCUUUGAAACCAUAAUACUGCUUACAAAAGAAUUGGAGUUGUACAAAGAGGAACUUCAGACAAAACCUGCACUCCUGGCAGUUAAUAAAAUGGACUUGCCAGAUGCUCAGGAUAAAUUCCAUGUACUGAUGAAUCAACUCCAGAAUCCUAAAGAUUUUCUGCAUUUAUUUGAAAAAAACAUGAUUCCAGAGAGGACCAUGGAGUUCCAACAUAUCAUCCCCAUCUCUGCAAUUACAGGAGAAGGAAUUGAUGAAUUAAAGAACCAUAUAAGAAGAUCUCUGGAUGAACAUGCCAAUCAGGAAGAUGAUGCAUAUCAUAAGAAACAGUUGCUUAAUUUGCAGAUUUCCAAUACAAUAUUUUAUAGUGAGCCACCACCAAAGAAUUCUGUUACUAGCCCCAAAUAGAUGUAAUUUAAACCUAUUAAAAAUGAUACCGAAAUUAUAUUCAUUUGAAAGUUUUUCCACGGACAUGUAUUUUUUAGAAGGUUAGUUAUUAUUAACUUUCUGCUAUAAAUGCCAUCAUUCAAGAACCAUACCUUCUUGUUUUAUAGUUAAGUGUAUAGAUAGUAAAAAACUGAGACCUAAAAAUGACAAUUUAAAAUUUUAUGGCCAAUCCACCUAUAAUAAAAUCCUCUGAUAUGCCUGUA